AGGAGUCUCCUCUGGGUGCGUUUGAGGAGAGUCAGGCCAUGAGUCAGGGGGCGGGGCCACUAGGCUCCCCCGCCCCUGGAGGAACUGAACCCACUAUCGGUCAUGGGGCCGAGACUAAAUGUGGCGGGUUGUCUUUAAUCUGCUGCCAAGGAUACCACCCUGAGUUGAAGAAAUAGCUUCCUAGAUGGCCUUCUUCUUCCAUUUUUGCCUGCAAGAGUCUAUUCUCAACACAGCUGCCUCAGUGAUUUUUGAAACGGGAAACUCAUUCAGGCAAGUUCAGCCCUUUAUGAGGAAUUCCCCUGUGGUCCCAUUCCAAUUCCUGGACCUGCUGCCACCCUCAGAACUGCAUGCUCCUUCUUCAGACUUUCUAAGAAUGACUCAGGUCAUUGGUGGAGUGAAGUCAAGAUUUCCAACUCAGUCACCUGAAGAGAUGGAGAUACCAUUCAUGGAGCUGGAGGUUCCUGGAGAUUUGGGAAUUCAGAUAACAAGCUAAGAUAAAGUGGCUGCUUUCAAGCUACAGUGGAUGAACCUAAGGGUGUCAACAGAAACUGUGUGGACCACAAAGCCUGAAAUAUUUACUAUCUGGUCCUUUACGGAGUUUGCCUACCUCUGUUCUAGAGCGAAGCCCGAGCCUCGGGUGUGCACCAUACCACAGGUAUCUGUUACUGUGUUUUGCAGAAGCUUCGGGUAAGAGGGAGGGCCCCUAGGAGCGCUCCAAUCAUAAAAAGUGAAAAUCCCUUACUUCUUGGCAUCACUGUUUCCUAAACCCACCCCCCGCUCUUCCCAAGGUGGCUUCAUGGUUUGCCUCCUCACUUCCUUCCUGGGCUCCAGUGAUCCUCCAGCGUGGUCUCCCAGCGCACUGGCAUUACAGACAUGAGCCACUACACCUGGCUCUGAUUUUUCUCUAUAGCACUUAUCAGGCAUAUUCCAUGCUUAUUUAUUUAUUUAUGUAUUUAUUCAUUUAUUUGAGACAGAUUCUCACUCUGUCACCAAGGCUGGAGUGCAGUGGCACCAUCUUGGCUCACUGCAACCUCCGCCUCCUGGAUUCAAGUGAUUCUCAUGCCUCAGCCUCCUGAGUAGCUGGGAUUACAGGCGCCCGCCACCACGCUUGGCUAAUUUUUGUAGUUUUAGUAGAGACGGGGUUUCACCAUGUUGACCAGGCUGGUCUUGAACUCCUGGCCUCAGAUGAUCCACCUGCCUCGGCCUCUCAUAGUGCUGGGAUUACAGGCGUGAGCCAACACACCCAGCCUCCAUGCUUAUUUAUUUAUUUUCCAUUUCCUGUCACUAGAAUGUGAGCUCUAUAAGGGGAAGGAUUUUGCUUAUUUGUUCACUGCUCUAUCCCAGUGCCUAGAUCAGUGCCUGGCACACAGCAGGGACUUAAUAAGUGCUUGUUGAAUGAGGAUUGAAUUACUCUUUUUUUUUUUUUGAGACAGUUUCACUCUGUCACCCAGGCUGGAGUGCAGUGGCGCAAUCUUGGCUCACUGCAACCUCUGCUUCCGGGAUUCAAGCAAUUCUCCUGCUUCAGCCUCCAGAGUAGCUGGGAUGACAGGCGCGCGCCACAACGCCUGGCUAAUUUUUGUAUUUGUAGUACAGAUGGGGUUUCACCAUGUUGGCCAGGCUGGUCUUGAACUCCUGACCUCGUGAUCCACUCACCUCUGCCUCCCAAAGUGCUGGGAUUACAGGCAUGAGCCACCACGCCUGGCCUGAAUUACACUUGCUGUAUGACAACCUGCUGUCUGUAGGACCCUGGGCAUGAGGAAAUGCCUGAGGAUGGAAAGCAGUGGAGCAGUGCUGCACAGUGCAUGGUGAUCAAAGAGAGGCCUUGUGUGUGGGGAGUGGGUAUAGGCAGGUGGGUGAUGGGGUACAGAAUUCUAAGCCUCUGGAGAUGAAUGGCAGAGGCCACACCAUCUUGAUGAGUGGCCCUUGAGCCCACUGGACAAGGAAAAUUGUUGGCUGGGGUCCAGGUCCAUGGUCUCCCUGACUUGGGGUGGCCCUGACAGGUGCUCUCAGAAUGGGGACCAAAGGAGCCCUUUGAUUCUGUCCCCUCCCCUUUGAUUCUGUCCCCUACCCUUCAAGGACAAACUGGAGGAAGGUCCUGGUCUCACUUCCACAAAAACAAUUGUUUCUGAAGUUUCCCCCUUUACACCCUAGACAUGUCUCAUGGCCUCUGAGUCAUGCAGCAGUGAUGGGUGUGGGUGUGUGUAUGGGGGGGUGGCUGAGCCCAUUGAUCGAGGGCUGAGACAGCUUCCCCGCUAAUCGACAAGUUAAUAAGCUUUUCCAUGAGGAGGUGGUGAUCAAUGAACCAAUCAGCUUGCCCCGCAAUUGGGGAGUGAAAUUGGAGGGUAGGGGUAUGAUGGAUAGAGAGGGUUUGUGGGGAUGUGCGGCUGGCUCCUGGUCCACGCUGAGACCACCUAGGGGCCCAUUUACUUUGGCUAUAAAUGAGGAAGUGACUUCUUCAGAGGUUGUAGCCCGAAUUCAGGCCAACCCAUGCCCUCUAGCUUCUACAGUGUCACUCCUCUCUUCUAUCCGUCCUUGGACCCCACACUCCCCAAGACAUGACAGGGUUCCAGGGAUGUCAGAUUCCCUGUGGCCAUCUCACAGGUUCCUUCAUCUCUGUCCGGAAUCGGUGCACUAGAAACCCCCUACCAGCACCAUGGUUAGUGCAGCCGCAGGGUCAGAAGAGCAAAUAGCCCCCUACCCUCUGGUAUCCUUGCCCCCGUUAGCCUGCAGGGUCCUUCUCUAGGCUCUGAUCCCUGGGAUCACAGAUGUCCUAACCAGCCCCCACUGCCCCCUCCAUCCUAGGGUGAGCAACUGUCUUUUGUCUUUCCAUCGAGGAAUGGAAUUCUUUGAUUUCCGCUGUCUCCCCUCCAAACAGGACAAAGCCUGUCUCUGUCUCUCUGUAUCUGUUCUGGGAACCGCUCAGACUGGGGCUCCCCUAUGACAUGGCCAUGUCUCUCCUUUGAGACUGGGGUUCUUGAAGGACAGGGGUGUGUCUUGCCCCCUGGAUGAGGGCUCCCUAAGAAGAAUGAUUUUUCUCCUCCCUCCAAGGGCAGGAUCUAUGUCCCCUUGUCCUGGUGUCCUCUUCCACCCCCAUGCUCAGCAGGGCACCCUGGUGUUUCCUGGGAUGUGGAGUCCCAUGGGGCCUGACUGGCUGAUAAGGAGCCAUUUCCGGAGAAUGCAGCUGAUUGAACCCAUAAAAUGGUGACAGAGAGCCCUGAACUCCCCAUCUCAGGAGAGCUCUAAAAAUAGCACCCACAGCCAUCUGUCCUGGGGCUGGAGGGGCUGGCUCAGAACCAAGGGCCUGGACAAGUUGGCCCUGUCGGUCCCUAUGGGCUGAUGGGACAUCUGGAAGUACUGGAGGUCUGGCCAGGCCAGGGAGAGGAAGCUGGAAGGGCUUUAUGGGGAGACCUUCCCACAGCCCUUUCCCCUCCUGGGCAGGUGGGUUUGAGGGGGUUGGCAGUCUGAAGGCCCUUCCCCUACUCGGCCUCUCAGAGUGGGUGUGGACCCCAGACUUAGUCUUCGGGUCCCUGCUCCUAGGCCUGCCUGUGGCGCCCCAAUGGCUACUGCAGGUGCUGAGCCUUUCUGCCCCUCACAAUUGAGAGGUCCUCUUCCUGGGGUCUACCUCACCCUGCUUUUCGUGUUUGAAUCGUGGGUAGCCUGGCUGCUCCAUCACCUCCCAGGGCUUCAGUUUGCUCAUCUGGAAAAUGGAGAUAAACUCAGCUCAUCGUCUUGUGAUGCCUGAAAUUAUGCACUACCUGGUGCACAGUAGGUGCUUAAUAAACACGAGUCCUUUCCUUCAAAGGAUCUGGGCUUAGAGCCCAGUGGAGACUGCCGUGGGCUGGGGACAGUGGCAUGUGCCUGGGAAGCCUUGGCAUCACUCAGGCCCAGAAGACACCAGUGCCCUGAAUGACACCUGCAUGGGGUGGAGACACUCUGCCUUGGGAGGGGGCUGUAUGCCACACAUGGCUGGAGUGGGGUCUGUGUGUGCCAGUCUGGAUACACAGGUGGCCGACUCAGCUGCUUCUGGUGGGGGGAUUGGUUUCUGCCUCCUCCUGCCUCUUUUCCAACUCUUUAAUAGAGAGAGGACAUAAUGGAGCAUUCAGAGAGGCCUCUCCCCCAAGACACCAUAAACUGCAGGUCAGGAGCCAAGGUCAGGUGCUCCCACCCUGCCUCCAGGAGAAAGACUUUCCCCAAGAGGUCCUGUCAUUCCUCAGCCCUUCUCCAAGGUAUUACUGAGCAGAGGCUGAAAAGGGUUGUCUUUUGGAAAGAGUGGUCACAGAUCCCACGGACUGGAGGGAAUGUGUCCACCCUCCCACCCCCAACUCCCACCCACGGACAGGCUAGGGAAGAUAGAAUCUCAACCCUGGUCCUAGGGGCUGCCCCAGGAGUCUAGAUCCAACCGCUUCACUUCCUCAGGAGGCUAGACCUGCCACUGGGCAGCUGUGGGGUGAACAUGGGGUUCAGACUGGGUACCCCGUCCAGUGAGACCCCGAAUCUGAGCAUGGGAGCUGCCCCCUCAGCUGCUGCGAGGUGGAGACACCACGCACUGGCUGGGUAUAAGCUCAGCGAUCUGGCCAGGGUGGAAGGAGGGAGGAAGAAGGGCCCACCCCCUGCUGGCUCCCCCUCCCCCUGGGACUCCCCCUCCCUUUCCAGGCGGGGAUAUAAGCCCCACAAGGAAAGCGCUGAGCAGAGGAGGCCUCAGCUUGACCUGCCGCAGUGCAGCCCUUGGGACUUCCCUCGCCUUCCACCUCCUGCUCAUCUGCUUCACAAGCUAUUGCUAUGGUGUUCGUGCGCAGGCCGUGGCCCGCCUUGGCCACAGUGCUUCUGGCCCUGCUCGUCUGCCUGGGCGCGUUGGUCGACGCCUAUCCCAUCAAACCCGAGGCUCCCGGCGAAGACGCCUCCCCGGAGGAGCUGAGCCGCUACUACGCCUCCCUGCGCCACUACCUCAACCUGAUCACCCGGCAGCGGUAUGGGAAAAGAGACGGCCCGGACACGCUUCUUGCCAAAACGUUCUUCCCCGACGGCGAGGACCGCCCCGUCAGGUCGCGGUCGGAGGGCCCAGACCUGUGGUGAGGACCCCUGAGGCCUCCUGGGACAUCUGCCAACCACGCCCACGUCAUUUGCAUACGCACUCCAGACCCCAGAAACCCAGAUUCCGCCUCCCGACGGCGGCGUCUGGGCAGGGCUCGGGUGCGGCCCUCCGCUUGCGUCUCGGUGCCCCCGCCCCCUGGGCUGGAGGGCUGUGUGUGGUCCUUCCCUGGUCCCAAAAUAAAGGCAAAUUCCACAGAAA